AGCGAGUUAGUUGUGUGUGUGCAAUGUGCAAAAGUUUUUAAAUGGCCCGGGUCAUAAAGGGAGUUUGUAAUAGUUGUAGCGAGAUGUCCUGUCGCCCAGCCAAGGAGCCGAGGCUGCUGCAGAGGUGCUGAGCGAGAAAAGUUUUUGUGCCAGGCCUCCCCCACUAAAAAUAAAAAAAAACAACAUCCCCCUGCCGCUGCUGUGAUUGAGAUUGGUGAUAAUGACUGUGUCUGCAUGCCCCCAACAAGCAUCCAUACAAAUCAGUGUCCACAAUAGUCAACGAUAAGUAUUAUAGCGUCCAACGGCAUUAGGUACUAAGAGUGCCCUGAGGUGAAACCAGCGGCGGACCAAGUCUCGCAAGAUACGGAUCUGGAGAGUUUAAGGAAACCAGUUUCGAAGUAGGCCGCUCUCAUGGCGGUCUGGCGCGGCCGGAGGCUGUGCGCUUUGGCGGUGGCCUGGCUCACGCUCCUCACGGUGUCCCAUUCGGUGCGCAUCACCAACCUGCGGGUGCCGCACACCUACACUUUGGUGCGUGACCGGGAACCCGAUCCCUUGGUCCUGGACUGUGAGGUGGAGAUCGGAGAGGGGGAGCAGGGAUUCGUCCUGAAGUGGCUGUUCAACAAUCACUCCAUCUACCAAUGGAUACCCUCCGUCAAAGGAUUCGCCAUGGGCUUCAUGAAGUCGAAGAUAGACACCAAAUUAUUCGCCAUGGAGGGCAGUCCCGGUGUUAUAUCGAUAAAGAAUCCCGACUGGAACAUGACGGGGGAGUACACGUGUGCGGUGCAGACCUUUCAGACCACGGAUAAGCGGAGUGCCCGCUUGCAAAUAAUCGUUCCUGAGUCGGAUUUCAUGCUGGAGGCGCGGAUGGGUGUCGCGCGUACGGACGUGGACAUUAUGUGUGCGGUCCAGCACGUCUUUCCGAAACCUAUGCUGUCGGUCAUGUUUGACACUCACAUACUGGAGUCGGUGCUGACGCAGUUGGACCAGGACCCCAGUGGCCUCUAUAGCAUGACCGUGCGCACGCGCAUUCCUAAAGAUCAAAUCGAAUCCCCCACCCCGAUCACCUGUGCGUUUAUCCUUAUUGGCACCAACUAUACCAAACGUAGAGAGACUAUUUUUUAUGAUAAGGCCUCAACUAUACAACGCAAAUGGACAACGGUCGCCGUCGUAAUGUCCAUAGCAUCCUUAGCUCUAAGCAGUUAGUUUGGUAGUGUCCUUCGAUGUAGGCAAUAUUGGUUUUUUAUAUAUUUUGAUGACUAGAAUAUUUAAUGAUAUUUCAUUUUUAAAUAGACUUUUAACGGAUAAACGUAAUUUUUUGCGGUAUUUUUAAAAAAAAGCGCUUAUUUUGUACAUGCAUGUAAUGUCUAAGGGAAACGAAACACAAAUAAACAAGAAAACACCACAAACAAAAAACCAAACUCAAAAUGCGAAAGCAAACGAACCCAUUAGAAACAAAAUGAAAACACUCAUAACAAGAAAUUAUUGUAUUCA